AUGGUACUGAAGCUUCUCAUGUUCGAGGGAAAUGCCGAGCGAUGUGUCCUAGUUCUGAGAUCCGCUUUCGACGGUCGAAUAAUAUGGUUCACAUCUUGGAGACAAGUGAAAAUGGAGGGAAGGACCGCAGAAUGCAAAAUGGAUGCGGUGGUUAUGAUCUCUGAUAUCGCCUGGAUUCAGCGUGGCGUAGCAAAGAAGAUUCCGGACAAAGUUAAAUUAGACGAAGAACAGCUGAAGAAACUCAUCUCUGGAGGCGUUCCCGACACUACGGAUGCAGACAGUGAUGAAGAGAAAGAGGAAGCUGCAGCAAGUCAGGAUAGCGGCAAUACUGACACAAUAGCGCAAAAGAGAGAGCCAGGAGUUCGCGGAUCAGCGGCGCAAAACUCAGAAGCUAAUGAUAAAGAUGUGGAUAUGGAAACUAAAGAAGAUGCUACUAAAGGCACGGAGGAAAGUGGAAUGCGGGGAAUCGCGAUGUAUGCGACGAAUGUUGAUGAUCCUUACGUGACUUUACAUGUUGACAGCGAUGAAGAGGAAAAAGAAGAAAUUGAAGUGAAACCCGAAGACAAUAUGGCUGUGCUAGCCAAAAUCGAUAGGGAUAACUACAACCUUGAGGUUUAUGUCUACAAUGAGGCUAAUGAUGAUUGGUACUGUCAUCACGACUAUAUUCUAGAAGCACCGCCUUUGUGUCUUGAGCCUAUUCAGCACGAUCCUGGAAAUGAUGAAACGGGAAAGGGAAAUCUUUUGGCUGUUGGUACCAUGGAACCUAUCAUAAAUAUCUGGGAUUUGGAUAUCAUCAACGAAGUCACUCCAGUUGUAUCUUUGGGAUCGAAGGGGAAAGGUCGAAGGAAAAAGCGUGAUGGUAGAGAACAGGGACAUUCGGAUGCCGUACUGAGCAUCGCAUGGAAUAAAUUAACUCCUCACGUUCUUGCCAGUGGAGGUGCGGAUAAGCAGAUUGUUUUGUGGGAUCUGGAUGAGGCCAAAGCUGCUCAGGCAAUCCCUGAACGCGAUGGAGAGGUACAAGCUUUGGCAUGGCACCCUGCAGAGCCGACAUUCAUGCUCGCUGGAACUUUGGCCGGGGCGGUCGAAGUCUUAGAUUGCCGUGAAACUUCGGGAUCGUCUUCAGCAACAUGGAAAUUCAAUGCGCAAAUCGAGCAGAUUGCUUGGAACCAUUUUAAUCCAUUCUCUGCGUUCGUUGCUUCCGACGACGGCAUGCUGCGUCACAUAGACAUGCGUAAAACUUCGGAAAUAUUGUGGGAAGGUCAGGCGCACGAUGGCAGCGUUGGCGGCCUUACUUUGUCUUCCACCAUACGUGGUCUUCUUGUCACCGUUGGACACGAUCAGAUGCUGUGUGUCUGGAAAGUACAGGAAGAUGGUUCCAUACUCAAAGUUCACUCCGAAAUGCAAUCCCUCGGCACACUACACGCUGCAAAAUUCAAUCCUGAUGUGGCUACUGUGUGUUGCAUUGGCGGUUCAGCAAAUGAUUUAGUCAGAGUUGUGGAUAUUGGGAAGAUCGGCGCUGUUGUGCAAGCAUUCUCCUAAAAAUCGCGCGUAGAAUAAGAUUGCCGAUCACAGCUUUGAGGAGCACAUUCCUGUCCGCUUUCUUUUGCAUCACCGCGCAGUAAAAAAGUUCUACUCACCUCUUAUUCUAAUACCAUGGUUGUGUUUCGACUUUACUGGAUGGAGUGUUCUGUGCGGUAACCCGAAGCAUAGUUUGAUCGUUGAGUCAUCUCUUCCUCUCGAAUAUAGAAAUGAAUUGAAACUCAGGUACUGUACCUUAUAUCUGAUUCGCUUUCUAGCUGUGAAAUAGAGAUUACUCUUAUAUUGGAAAUUUAGCCUCUACCUUACUUAUGUUCUAGUCGUAAGAAUUAGGUGGGAUAUACAUUGAUAUAUACAUAAGAUCAAAUAUCAAAGCGUGGGCAUUUAUCGCAGAAUUGAGAAUCUCCAUAUGACGCGGCUUGCACUCUUAGUUUGGUGAGCACAAAAUGAGAAACACCCUUUGUAGACUCUAGUGUUAUCCAGAAAAAGAAAUGAUAGGAAAUUAUGUUAGUCUUAUACCCUUUUUUUUGCACGACUUUCCGCCACUUUUUUCGGCCUUAUGCAUCACAGCUUUCUCACUUACCUUUACCUUAAUUGUUAGAUUGUGAUUGUUGAACAGUAGUUUUUGUUGCUUCGUUCUAAAUAUCAUUUUGGAAUUGUUGCCUGUUGAAUUGUAGUCACUACGUUGAGAUUUGUUAUAAAGUUUGUAGGACUCC